UGUAUUUAUAUUUAUUUUUUAGAAAAUUUUGAUAUUAUCGCGAAUAAUGUAAAGAUAUAUUGUAUAAAUUGUACAUGGCUAGCAAUAAACCAAACACGUCGUAUACGCAACAAAACCAUAAAGAUCAUAUAAGAUAUUUAGAUAUGUUAAAACAAGAAUUUAAAAAGAGAUUUGAUGAGCCACCAAAUAAUGAAAGAUUACCUGAAGACUUUGAUACGAUAAAAGGUAUUGGUAAUGGAGCAUUUGGUGAAGUGUUUCUGGUUCGUGAUAAAUCGUCUUUAACCUACCACGCAAUGAAAGUGGUUGAGAAGGAAGUUGUAGUUGAAAGAAAACAUGUUCGACAUUUAAUCAUAGAAAAAAAGAUACUUUACAGUGUUCAGUUUCCCUUUCUAAUAUGUUUGGAUGUAGCUUUUAAAGAUAAUGUCUAUCUUUAUUUCGUAUUACCAUUUAUAUCUGGAGGAGAACUAUUUACACAUAUCCAAAAAUUUGGUGGUCUGUCAGAUGAAUUAACGAAAUUUUAUGGUAGUCAAGUUGUAUUAGCUUUAGAAUAUAUGCAUCAUUGUGACGUAGUCCACAGAGAUAUUAAGCCAGAAAAUAUUUUAGUGAAUUCGAACGGAUAUAUUAAACUAUGUGAUUAUGGAUUUUGUAAAAUAAUGCACAAAAAGACAUGGACUUUAUGUGGAACGCCUGAAUAUCUAGCACCCGAGAUUAUCCUUUCCAAAGGAUAUUCUUUCUCAGUAGACUGGUGGGCUUUAGGAGUUUUAGUCUACGAAAUGAAUUGUGGCCAACCACCAUUUUUUGCAUCUGAUCCAAGCCAACUUUACGAAAAAAUUUUGGAUGGCACGUACAAAUGCCCGGAUGUAAUGACGCCGAAUUGCAAACAUUUGGUCAAAUGUUUACUACAAGUUGAUCCAAGUAAAAGAUAUGGUUCAAUGAAAAAUGGAAUAUUCGAUAUAAAGAGUCAUCAAUGGUUUAAUGAUAUUUCAUGGCAAUCAAUACUUCAUCAACGAAUACCGGCACCCUUUAUACCCAUUUGUACUUCUGCAGCAGAUACAAGUAAUUUUCCUGAGAUUGAACAACAGAAGUUAAAAAAAGCAUCAAAUUGUCUUUAUGAAAGGGAGUUCGAAGACUUUUGAGAAAAAAUAAAUCAUUGUGACAUGUAGAAGAUAUGAGGUACAGAAGUAGUUUGAAAAAUAAACCUAUACUUUAAGGAUAUGCUUUUAAUGUAAUAUCUAUUAUCUCCAAUCAUUGCGAACG